AGAAAAGAAAGGACUCAGAGUCUGGGUGUUGGUGCACAGCAGAGCAGAUGAGGAUUCGGGAUUAAGGGGCUGGGCCGUCCGCUGGGUGGGAAAAACGAAGAAGCGUGCCUCCAGACGUCCAGUUGGUGAGCGGCGGACGGUGCAGCAGCGUCGCAUCCUUCCUUCCCGCAGCAGCAGCAGCAGCAUCACCCGCUCCUCAUCCUCCUCAUCCCGCAUCCACACGCCGCAGCAGCACGCUGUAAGGGAUUACGAGGAUCUACAAGAUGGUGAAACUGGGGAGUCAUCUUCAGGACAAAGGGGCCAAAGCAGUGAGUCUGGAGGACGGCUUCCAAAACGUGCCCCUCAUCACGCCUCUGGACGUGGGCAGCCUGCAGAGCCAAGCCCCUGACAAGGUUGUGGUGAAAACUCGCACCGAGUACCAGGCGGAGAAGAAGAGGCUGAAGGUUCCCAAAGUGGAGGAGUUCACCAUCAGCUUCACCGACGGCGUGUCUGAGAGACUUAAGGUGAGCAUCCUGAUCAUCCUGGCCUUGGCCUUCCUCGCCUGCAUCGUGUUCCUGGUGGUUUACAAAGCCUUCACCUAUGACCACGCCUGCCCAGAUGGAUUCCUCUAUAAGCACAAGCGGUGCAUCCCGGCCUCGCUGGAGGCCUACUACGCCGCGCAGGACGCCAACUCCAGGGGACGCUUCUACACGGUGAUCAGCCACUACAGCAUGGCCAAGCAGACCACCUCGCACUCCGUCUCCCCCUGGCUGCCCGGCGGGGCCGGGGGGCAGCCGCACGACGCGAAGCCACCGCACGGCGGCGGCGGCGACGCCCACUGAGCCGGCCAAACGCCGAGACGCACACGCGUGCAUAAGCCAUCUCUACAUCUGAGUGUGUUACGUGCCGAUAGGGCCUUUAGACUGCAUGCAGACAUCACAGUCACAAGUCACGUUUGAAUUUGUCUGCCCGUUUGCUCUUACUGAGAAGCAUUUUUCUCAUUCUUACACACACACACACACACCAUCCCACUUACUUUUAUUUAUUGACUGUCGAUCGAUUUAUUUUUUACAGUAGCGUGUGGAUGUUUUGUAUGUGGCUCAGUCAUCCAACUCUACCAUCUCCUCUUGUACUGUAUACUAUUUGUAUAAACAUAUAUAUAUAGUCAUGUCCAGUAUUGGUGGGCUAAAAGUAGCUACAUGUACACACUUUUUUUCUAUUGAUUUUUUUUACAUUAAUAGUUUUUUUUUACUGGCAUCUUUGCCUUGCUUCCUUCCUUCCUAGUUGCUUUUUAGUCUGACAUCCUUACUUCCUUCCUUUGCUUAAAAUGUCUUUUCUGGCUUCCUUCAUGACCGCCUUCCUCCCAAUUAAAACCUACUUUUUUCUUCUUCUUUCCUAACCUCCUUCUGUCCAUCCUACCUUUGUUGCUGCCUUUCCUUCCUCCAUUCCCCCUUCAUUCCUUCUAUCAGACCUGCUCUUUAUUUGGCGUCCUUCAUUACAUCGCUUAAAAUUGCUUUUCAUUCUUUCUCUUCAUUACCGCCGUCCACCUCAAAUCUAUUUUCUUUCCUUCCUUCUUUCUCUCCUACUUUCCUUCCUUCAAUUCCUAUACCACUCCAUCGCUUAAAUCGUUUUUCCUGCCUUCCUUCCCCUCAGACUUGCUUUCCCCCCGACAUAUUUAACUAAAUAACAUCCUUCCUUCCCUUCUUCCUUCCUUCCUUCCUUCCGAUUAAAUAUUAUUCGUGAAUCUUUCCUUCCUUUGAUCAUUAUUAUUAUUAUUAUAUUCUGCUUUUCUACCUUCCUACCACCUCAGACCUGCUUUUCUUCUUUCCUUCCCUCCUACCUAUCUUCCUUUAUUUCCUCAGACGCUCUUUUAAUUUUGUUUCAAGCGACUUAUUUGCCUUCCUUUAGUACCUGUUCAAUACCACUUUCAAAUUAUUCACUGUACCUGUAAGAGCUGUCAGUUAAUUUACAAAGUGUGUAGCUACUUUUGGCCCACUGUGUAUAUACAUUGAUGAGCCAUGUCCUCGACUGCCUCUGCUGUUUAACCUCAGGCAUGACCCCCCCCCCCCGCCCACGACCCUGACCUCCAAAAAAUAAUGUGGACAAAGUGUGAUCUCUGGUGUUGUUAUUUGACUUAUUAUUAAAUCAAAAAACAUCAUUGAGGAGUUUUUAACCUCCUCAACAUGAUUCAUUCGUGCAUCUAAACAUCCUCUCAACUCAAAUGGUCACUAUUUGGGCCCCCAAGUGUACAUAGAAAUGUGCUUGCUUUUUUUGUAUUACAAUCAUUGCAAAUGUUUGCAGUAGCUUUAAGUGCUAUCUUUUUUUUUUUACAUAUUGCUGUAGCUGCCAGUCAAAAUCAAUUUCCAUGUUGGAAAAUGGAGGUGUGUAUUUGAGGGAGGUGUUUCUAACAUGUGUUAAUACUCCACGCUUUAAUUCAUCUGCGAGACUGUUUACAUGCUGCUGUUUUGGCUAGCAACAGCGUUCAAACGGGCCUGGUUGUUAAAUCUAAUGUCCGUAUAAUGACUAUUACUAUUACUAAUUACGAUUUGUCUCACCCGGCAACUAACUAUAGUGUCCGUCCACAACUAAUUGUGGACGGACACUAUUUAAGGAAAAUAUUGGUUGAAAUACUGUAUAUUACAUACACAGUGAGCAAUUCAAUGAUUCCAAGAUCCGAGGUAUAGGGGUGCUAAGAGGUGGAACAAACCAUUUUGAGGCCGAGUGUGCUGAAUUUCUGUUGUUAAAAUAUUACAUUUCAACCAAGUACUGUAUGGUUAUACACGUUUUUUAGCUUGUUUAAAAAGGACAGAGAAAAAAAAUCAAUUUUUAGGGGUUCUGGGAUUCAAUUUAGAGGUGCUUAUGCACAGCCAAAAUUGGGAUAGAAACACAUACGGUGGAAUUCAUGCAACCAACAACAAAACAAACAAACAAACAAACAAACAGGCAGCAUCCAUUGUCAAAAUGUCUUAAUUUUCCUUGAGUUUAUCUACACAUUUUCUGACUGCAGCUUUUCAUUUUGCAGCAUCUGAUCUGUAGUCAAGAGUGCUUUCUAUUGGCUGUUGUGAUGUUGUUAGUCGAUAGCGUACUGUACCCAUACCUGUAAUGAACCCGUGUGCAUCCCUGCCCUCCUCCUACUCUCUCGGUUCAAAACAAUCCCAAUAAAAAGAUGCAGUGACCCGUGA